AUGGCUUCUCUCGGCAAUCCAGAGACGGCUGAGUCAUCUCAGCGCCGUGGGCGAGCAGCCAUGGCUGCGCAGGCGUGCCAAAUAUGUCGUAACAGGAAGAGCAAGUGCGACGCGAUACGGCCGAGAUGUGGCUUAUGUCAACGACUCAAUGUGGAGUGCGAGUAUCGGGAGCCAUUGCCUACGAAGAAAGACAAGACGAUGGUCCACAUCCUCCAUACCCUCACGCGGCUGGAGAACAAAUUCGACAACCUGGCAAUGAUACAGUCUAACAGUCCAGAUGUCAGCCCACCCGGCGCGCGAGGCCCAGCAAGCGGUACAACUUCAGAAGCAUCUCUGAUGAAACCCACACCGAGCGAGACGCCGCAGCAGACCACGUCUCGGAAUCACUACGUUCACCUACAGCAGCCGUACCAGCAUCUCACGGCUCCUCACAUGAUUAUGCUGUGGCCGGGCAUAUACACUCACCUACUCGACUCCUGCCUUUCCGCCGCAUCUGAAUUACAAUAUGUCCUGCAAGAAGGCACUUCGUGGCUCAUCAAGCGCGAGAUGACCAAGCAUCCUGAACCGCUACCUUCAGCUGUCGGCCUACGUUGCUUCGCGGUCAAAGUUGGCCCCACUGACACAGGAAGAGCGUCGAACGUAGUAUUCCCGAUGUUGACUGUUCAGCAAAUCCAGGAAUAUUCCGAUGCCUACUUCAACACUUUCAACGUGCUCUACCCGAUCUUGAAUCAAGAGAACUUCAUGAACAGCAUUAUGCCAAGACUGUUGCGUGAAGGCUACGGAGACGGCGACCCACACAGCGUCCUGGCUCUGAUGGUCUUCGCGCUCGGUUGCGUCGCUACCGAAGGUGUCUUCGAACGACCCGUCAGUGUUGUAGGCGGUCAACCGAGUGGCUUCCGGGGCGGCACUAUUGAUCAAACUCCUGGUCUAGGUAUUUUUAACGAGGCCAGACGUAGGCUCGGAUUCAUCGCCACACAGUGCGAUCUCGAAAAUGUCCAGAUUAGUCUGCUUCAAGCCACAUAUUACGAAUCGACAGCGCGCCAUCUGGACUUCUGCCGAUCCACCGCUGCGGCUUCAACAGCUUGCCAGAUCUUGCUUAGAUAUCAGCCCAUCGACUGGGGAUCUGCAGUUGGCGAUCUGGUCAAACGUGCGUACUGGACCUGCGUCUUGAGCGAGGAUCUGUACCACCUCGAGCUCGAUUUGCCACAGACCGGCAUACAUGCGUUUGAAGACGAAGUCCCGCUUCCUAGCUUUCACGAAGGUCAAGAACAGCAACAAGGCGGCGGCUCCUUCCCAGCACAAGCCGGCGUGGAACGAAGCCACUUGCAAUACCACUUCCUUGCCAUGAUCACGCUACGGCGCCUAAUCGGGCAGAUCCACAACGCGAUCCAUCGAUGUGAGCGCCCUAUGCAGGCCGAGCCCUUGUGGCGAGGUGGCUCCCAGCAAGCUACGGGAGGUACACACACCCACAAAGACCUCGCAGCUUCGUCCUCGCAAUCCGAAAGCUACGACGACUACAGCGGUCCACCGGUCGCCGUCAUCCGCGAGUUGGUCCAGCAACUCGAUAGCUGGAGGGCGCUGCUGCCGCGACCGCUGCAGUGGAGCGAUCAUAAUAAGUUCGAGUUUCCAGCGACGGAUCCGAUGACGAGAAGGCCGAAUGAGCCGUUAUUCAGUAUGGAUCAGGGACCGAUACCGUUUGUGCAUAAGUAUAAUUUGGAUGUGGUGUGUGCUCAGCUGAGGACUAGAUUUUACUAUGCCAGGUUCAUGAUAUACCGGCCGUUCGUCUACAAGGCACUGCAUUUCCCGGAGCUGAUGACGUCUGAGGACUGCAUUUGCUGCGCGCUGGCGAUUAAAAGCGCCUGCUUGUGGCCUCUUGCUAUGGCGCCACCAAAGAACAAGAAAAGAUUGGUGCCGCACUUGUUCGCCUGGACGCAGAAUUUCAUGGGUAUCCUGCUCAUCCUGAAGAUGUGCACGGUGAACGAUUGCCUGCGCCAGAUCGUCGAAGAGGGCGGAGUGGUGGGUAGAGAGGAAAUCGACAGCACGAUUAGGUUGACGCUGGAGUGGAUGAGGGAUAUGCGGCAGGUCGACGGGAUCGCAGAUUGGAGUUGGGGGAUUCUGGAACCGCUGUAUAACCUCCAGUCCAAGUGA